CUCUAGGAGAUAAAGUUGUGAAACAUAUCAGCACGCGGGCUGAUGGCCCCUCCCCCAGCUGCAAGCCCUCGUUCAGCACUCGCCCUGAAGACGAUAUUCUCUACCUGUGGCGUCUGCAAAGAAAGAUGGAGGCAGCGAGAGUGAGCUCAUGGGCCUUGCUAGCACAGAGGAAGUCACACUCCCCUCCAAUCCACUUGGGCAGGCAGAUUACCAGGUCUGAUGGAGACGUGAAAAAGGACAAGUCAGUGGUCACAGGGUCAUACCCUGAGAGAGAUUGGAGAGAGAGCGAGACACCGACCAGAAACCCCCAACAUAGUCCAGGGAACAAAGCCAGGACUGGUGCUACCUGCCCCGUGCCAAUCCUGAGCGGAGCAGUGUGCCUGUCCGAGGACUGGACAUGUCUACAGGCGGGCACAGGCGGUCAAUGCUGUGAUCCUCAGGCCGCGGAGAGAGAGCCAGCUCAGCGAGGAAGAGGUGACAGUGGGCUCGCACACGGCCUGAGCUCAGCGAUCGAAGGGCAAAGGUCAGCGGACUGUCCCUGCAGACAGCACAGCAAUGGUGAAGGGAGAGGUGACAGUGGGCUCGCGCACGGCCUGAGCUCAGCGAUCGAAGGGCAAAGGUCAGCGGAUGGUUAUUCCAGACAGUGCGGUAUGAGAGGAGGAAGUACUUCAGAAGCAGUGUCUGGUGGCAAGGAGCAGGGACUGGAGCCUCUGCCUGAGGUCUAUGGAAGGGACUGCCCCCAGAGGGGUAGGCGGGCCCAUCAUCAGGGGCAAAGAGAAGCUGGAUGGAGCUCUGGAUUGGAGGCCAGCAGCAGCCAGCCUCCUGUGUCCCUGCAGCCUCAGAAUUUUCGCCAAGUGAGGCCAUGGCAGCAGGACUCUCACCCAUUCACUGGGAGCAGCGGCUCAGACACGGAACAGCAAUCCUCUGAAGGAGAACACGAACACGACAGUGCUUCACCCAAGAACUCAGCAGCGAGGGGACAGCAUCAAGGGAAGCCCGCACCAUCCCAUCGCCGUCAGCAUGCAAACGUUCAGCAGGUGUUGGGACAGGUGGUCUCUGAGAGAAUGUUCCCACGUUGCAAACCAAACCAUCAGAUCAGGAGCAAGCCAAACACAGUUGGCAGAGCCAGGGGCCAUCGCCUACCACCUUCACCAGUGAAUGAAACUCGCCAGACACCAGAGACUGUCACCAAACUGCUUGAAGAAGCUGAAGGUAGCAACACUGCUCACCCAUGAUACACAGGGUAAAGCUCACCCAUUAUACACAGGGUAAAGCUCACCCAUUAUACACAGGGUAACGCUCACCCAUUAUACACAGGGUAACGCUCACCCAUUAUACACAGGGUAACACUCACCCCAUUAUACACAGGGUAACGCUCACCCAUUAUACACAGGGUAACGCUCACCCAUUAUACACAGGGUAAAGCUCACCCAUUAUACACCGGGUAAAGCUCACCCAUUAUACACAGGGUAACGCUCACCCAUUAUACACAGGGUAACACUCACCCCAUUAUACACAGGGUAACGCUCACCCAUUAUACACAGGGUAACGCUCACCCAUUAUACACAGGGUAACACUCACCC